AUGGCCUCAUCCCUAGGAAGGCUGAGUGGGAGCCGGGUUUGUAGCGUGGCGCUGGGGAGCGGACUGCCCCGCGCCUGGACCUUGGGCCCUGUGGUUGGGCGCGUAUGCCUGACUGGGCUCGGUGGGACUGGCUCCGGCCAGAACCGGGGGCUGGGCUAUGGCCGGGGGACGGGAGGAGUGGGAGCCGGGGGUGGGGCGAGAAGAGCUCCUUGGCUAGUGGCAGGACUGGCAGCUGGGCUGGCCGGGGUGGCUGCAGCUGCUUUCCAUCACCUGGCGCCUGCCAAGAUGGUUCCCAAGACUGAGGUCGCGUCCAGCUUCCCGGACAAGGCAGACGAGUUAGCUCUCCGCUGCAACUCCUUCAUGUCCCAGCCUGUGACAGCCCUGUCGGAGCUGCGGGCCCGGCCGGGGGACAUGAAGACCCAGAUGGAGCUGUUGAUCAUGGAGACUCAGUCUCAGGUGUGCCAGGCGCUGGAGCAGCUAGACCGGGGCGCCACCUUUGCCGUGGAUCGCUGGGAGAGGAAGGAAGGAGGAGGGGGCAUCAGCUGUGUGCUUCAGGAUGGUCAUGUCUUUGAAAAAGCUGGAGUCAGUGUUUCUGUAGUUCAUGGGAUUCUUAGUGAGGAAGCAGCAAAACAAAUGAAAAGCAGAGGAAAAAAAUUCAAGACCAAAAAUGGUCAGUUGCCCUUUUGUGCUAUGGGAGUGAGUUCUGUCAUCCACCCCAAGAAUCCUCAUGUUCCCACCAUUCAUUUCAACUAUAGAUACUUUGAAAUAGAAGAAGCAGAUGGGACCAGGCAAUGGUGGUUUGGUGGUGGAUGUGAUCUUACUCCAACUUAUUUGAACAAAGAGGAUGCUGUACACUUCCAUAAAACCUUAAAGGAUGCUUGUGACCAGCAUGAUCCAGGCUUCUACCCCAAGUUUAAAAAAUGGUGUGAUGACUACUUCUUUAUAAAACAUCGGGGAGAGAGGAGAGGAAUUGGGGGGAUAUUCUUUGAUGAUCUUGACUCCCCAUCUAAGGAGGAUAUAUUUCGUUUUGUCCAAAGUUGUGCCCAUGCUUUUAUACCUUCUUAUAUCCCCCUGGUGAAAAAACACUGUAAUGAUCCAUUCACACCUCAGGAGAAACAUUGGCAGCAGCUCCGGAGAGGGAGGUAUGUGGAAUUUAAUCUGCUCUAUGACAGAGGCACCAAGUUUGGACUUUUCACUCCAGGAUCGAGGAUUGAAAGCAUCCUUAUGUCUAUGCCGCUGACGGCUAGAUGGGAAUACAUGUAUGCACCCUCAGAGAAUUCCAAAGAAGCUGAAAUCCUAGAGGUCCUAUGUCAUCCCAAGGACUGGGUGCACUGAGGCGCAAAGAGUGGACAUCUUGUGGUCAAAGGAAAAUCAAAGUGUAUAAACGUUCUCCUUUAGGCUUCUUGUGGCUGCCAUUGUGUGAUAGUUUAAUGGUCCACGUGCCUUAAAUCAAGUAGGGGCUAAUCUGGAAUUUCACUGACCUGCAACCUGAGGAAUUGCUUUAAAGACCCUGGGUGUCUGCCCUGUUCACCAUACUUUCCCAGUCAGUGGUGUUUCUUGCCACGAGUGAAAUGUCCAAGUGAUGGUUUGGUUUAUUUAAAAAAACUAACAAACUGCUAUAAAAAUCCAUUAUUUUAGUGAUAUUUUCAUGUGAUUUUUCUGUUGCAAAAUGUAAAACUGGUUUCAGAGAAGGUACUUGAUGUUUACAUAUAGCAAAUUCAACAACUCAGGGCUGGAACAAAUUGUAUUGGGAAACUUUUUGUUGGAGAAAAUUCUUGGCAAAUUAUUUUGAUGUAUGUUUUUUAAAAAGUUUUUUUAUCUUGAAAUAGGUCUUUGUCAAAUUUCCCAGAUCAUAUAUCUUUCUUAUA